CCUGGGUGUCCCUCGGAGUAGGAAGGUUUCUGUUUGUUUGUUUUUUUUUUUUUUUUCCGGUUCCGAGGGUCUCCGCUGUUUCCCUUGCCUGUAUCAGCGUGACUCUGGUGGGUUUUGCACACCCUGCUCUGUGGGGGAGUGCCCUGACGUGCCUGUCUUAUGUGGCCUCUAUGGACACACUGCCCAGCUGGCAGAGAACAGGGAAGUUUUCUCCCAGCACCCAAAAAGAGAAAGAGGAAACCACUUUUUUCCUCUGGGCUCCUUACAGCACAAUAGCUCAGGAUAAGCUUCCACGGUUCCCUCCCUGGAGUUUCUGGAGCACUUUCCAGGAAGAAGUUAAACCGUCAUCUUUAAAUGGAUGAGUAUGUCACAAUCAGGAAGAAGCAUCUCCAAAGACCCAUCUUUAGACUAAGAUGCUUAGUGAAGCAGCUGGACAAAGGUGACAUCAACGUUGUGGACCUCAAGAAGAACAUUGAAUAUGCAGCGUCAGUGCUGGAGGCUGUUUACAUCGAUGAGACGCGAAGACUCCUGGACACCGAGGAUGAGCUCAGCGACAUUCAAAACGACUCAGUCCCAUUGGAAGUCCGAGACUGGUUGGCUUCAACCUUUACACGAAAAAUGGGGAUAAUGAAAAAGAAAGCCGAUGAAAAGCCAAAGUUUCGAAGCAUUGUCCAUGCUGUUCAGGCUGGGAUUUUUGUGGAAAGGAUGUACAGGAAGACCUAUCACAUGGUUGGUUUGGCGUAUCCUGCGGCUGUCAUAGUGACACUCAAGGAUGUUGAUAAAUGGUCCUUCGACAUCUUUGCCUUAAAUGAAGCAAGUGGGGAGCAUAGUCUGAAGUUUAUGAUUUAUGAACUGUUUACCAAAUAUGAUCUUAUCAACCGCUUCAAGAUUCCUGUCUCUUGCCUAAUUGCCUUUGCAGAAGCUUUAGAAGUUGGUUACAGCAAGCACAAAAAUCCUUAUCAUAAUUUGGUUCAUGCAGCUGACGUCGCUCAAACUGUGCAUUACAUAAUGCUUCAUACAGGUAUCAUGCACUGGCUCACUGAACUGGAAAUUUUAGCGAUGGUCUUGGCAGCUUCCAUUCAUGAUUAUGAGCACACAGGAACAACCAACAACUUCCACAUCCAGACGAGGUCGGACGUGGCCAUCCUGUACAACGACCGCUCGGUGCUUGAGAAUCACCACGUCAGCGCCGCCUAUCGGCUUCUGCAAGAGGAGGAGAUGAAUAUUUUGGCAAAUUUACCUAAAGAUGACUGGAGGGAUCUUCGGAACUUAGUGAUUGAGAUGGUGUUAGCUACAGACAUGUCAGGCCAUUUCCAGCAGAUUAAAAACAUAAGGAGCAGCUUGCAGCAGCCUGAAGGGAUUGACAGAGCCAAAACUAUGUCCCUGAUACUCCACGCCGCCGACAUCAGCCAUCCAGCCAAGAUGUGGAAGCUGCAUUACCGGUGGACCAUGUCCCUAAUGGAGGAGUUCUUCCUGCAGGGAGACAAAGAAGCUGAAUUAGGAAUUCCAUUUUCUCCACUUUGUGAUCGGAAUUCCACGAUGGUCGCCCAGUCUCAAAUAGGUUUCAUUGAUUUCAUAGUGGAGCCAACAUUUACUCUCCUGACAGACUCGACAGAGAAAAUUAUUAUUCCUCUUAUAGAGGAAGCCUCAAGAUCAGAAUCUUCUAACUGUGAGGCAAGCAGCUCGUCCACCAUGAUUGGGUUCCAUGUGGCCGAUUCUCUGAGGCAGUCAAGUACGAAAAGCUUAGUGAGUGAUGGGAGCUGUGCCCUAGACUACUCUCUGUCAGCUGUGGACCUGAAGCGCUUCAAAAGCAACCUGGUGGACAUCAUUAAGCAGAACAAAGAGAGGUGGAAAGCGUUGGCUAACCAAGGUGAACUUGAUCUUCAUGAGAAUUCAGAAGACUUAGGAAGUAGUGAAGAAAAGUGUGCUGACACACACCCGUAGAUCUGAACAAACCUUAAGAGUUCAGUUGUUUUAAACAUAAGAGGAAAAUGAAAGCAGCAUGAAAAACAUGCAAAGCCCUUGACUUUCUAAAAAAUUAUAGUUGGCGCAGGCCAUUUUAGUGAACUCAUCUGUAAGGAAUAAGAGCAUAAAAUUCAAUCUAAUAACUGGGCAAAGAUACCGGAGAGCUGUCAUUAGGAUUCUGUCCACUGUUUUGCUGUUGUUUUCCCUCCAUGAUUCGGCCAUCUUCAGUCGAGUCAGAGAAAGCUUUAGGACUGAAAACUGGACAGUUUCAAGUUUUCAUCGCUUUUCACUUGUUGCAGAAGACACUUUUCAAUGUACUUCUUGCACUGUGUUCCUCAGUCUGCUGCUACAACGGAAUUUAAAAAAAAAAAGAGACAGACAAAAAUAAACAAGAAAAGUAAAAGAAAGCCAAAACAAAAUGAUGGAAAACUGAGUUUUCUUGCAGUGCUGGGCUGGUAAGACUGUCUCUUGUUUUAAAUGUGUGGGAACAGAAUAAGAACCGAGGCUGUGGGGAAGUUGUUCCUGAAGUCUGAGCAAGAGCAGUUUGUGGGAGCCGCUGCACAGGGCUGGGAUGCAGGCCUCUCUGCCUCUCCAGCAGGGCAACCGCAGCGCCCCUCCCCCGGAGCCAGCGGCACCAUCCUGCAGCCAUCCCUGUGGCUUUAGGCACUAAUGUAGAACCGGUCUGUAUGUGGUCAGUAACCAGGAGCAUGGGCCACUGCAGGAGAUGAGCACUUGAAAGAAAACCAGAAUUUUCCUUCUGCGAUA